AUGACAAUCCUGGGAGAGAUUAGUUCCCAGGGGACCAUGACAUUGUUGGUCUGGCCGCUCACGGCAAUUGCUACCCGGUACAGGCCGGAGUUGUCAGUUGGACUGUUGUGGUAUAACCGGACAUCCUCUACUACAUCUGAGGAAGACAUCGAUGAUGCCAUGCUUUCUAGCUUAUUGGUUAUCGCACCCUCGUCGGAUGACCAUUCCAUUCUGUCUCACGUUUCGACGCUGCCCACAAUCCCUAGUUCUGGUACAUUAAUGGAAGAUGGUGACGCAGCAGCAAAAGGAACACAAGAAAUAACAGAAUCCACUGCCCCUUCGGGCCGCUCUGAUGACGACUCCUUGAAAGCACUGGUCGAUGAUCUUCGGAAAUCACUCACCGACUCAGUUCUGUCAGUUACCGAACCCACUGCCCAUACUAGUGAAAUAACUGAACCAUUAACCGUGUCAACCGGUUCGUCGGCCGAAACGGAGACCAUGAGGUCCGAAGAACCUAUUUCUCUGGUUUCAAUGGAUGCCUCGGUUACUAGCACUAACUACUUCGCCCACCAAGCGGCAAUGUUGUGUCCUGCAUCUCUUGUCCCAUUCAAUCCUACUCCACUUAGUGCACCUCCUCAUCACAUAGCUGCGGCACAUGCUCAGUUACUUUACCCGGGUCACUGUAUACCAUACAACCCGAAUCCUACUGGCGGACAGUCCCCAUUUGCCCUCCUCCCUUCAGCUGCCCCAUUAGCAACACCUAGUGCCUUGGUUCUCGUUCCACUUACCCGAGCGCCCUUACCAGGUCAUGCAGCGCCCAUGUGUUACGUUCCACCGUUCGCCCCACUUACACCAACUGCCGUACCUGAGAUUGCUGGCCUUCCUCCACAACAGCAACAACCGCCGUUUAUGAAUCCUUCUGUAAUAAAUCGGACAAGUGAGACUAAAACCUCAGAAGAUCAUUCGAAACGCAAGCCGAGUACUGUAUCAGGUCGCAUUGCUGGUCUAUACUCGGUGUCCCCUGCAGUUGACACAUUAUUUGCAAAACCUGCUAACCGAAUGGAGAUGAAUGUCCUGUACAGUUUCUGGUCAUUCUUUCUACGGGAACACUUCAAUCGGACAAUGUACAAAGAUUUUCGCAAACAUGCGAUCGAAGAUUCAAAACAUGGGGCGCGCUAUGGAAUGGAGUGCCUCUUUAGAUUUUACAGUUACGGAUUGGAGAAGCGAUUUCGUAAAGCCAUUUUCAAGGAUUUCCAGGAGGAGACAUUGCGAGAUUACGAUGACGGUCACCUUUACGGUUUGGAGAAAUUUUGGGCUUUGUUGCACUACAGUCAUCGAAAAGUAAAAGUCGACGAUCGUCUGCAAGAAUUGUUGGAUACCAAAUAUCGCACAAUUCAAGAUUUUCGAAUUAACUUCCAACCUCCUGCUGGGUUCUUCAUCGAUAAAUCGCGUCGUCGAACAAAAUCCGAAUCAAUCGGGCUUUCCCGAACUCCUGAAACCUCAUUACCCCAACCGGUGAAGAAAGAUCGCGUAAACACAUGA